AAGGCAUAAGGCGAUUGGUUGUACGGUGUCCUCUCGAUCGGGCCUGACGGGCAGGGGGGGGGGUUAUUGUGUGUGUAUGAGGCUGAGAGUACUCGGUACCGGCACCAGUGAGCAGCGUAGACACGGGGACAACGGUAUCCGGAUUUUCUAACGGCGACGCUUGAACUUCCGCAACAUGGCUGGUGGUAAGGCUGGGAAGGACAGUGGGAAGGCGAAGGCCAAGGCAGUAUCUCGCUCACAGAGAGCAGGACUGCAGUUUCCAGUGGGCCGUAUCCACAGACACUUGAAGACACGCACUACAAGCCACGGGAGAGUUGGUGCUACUGCAGCAGUGUACAGUGCUGCCAUUCUGGAAUACCUUACUGCUGAAGUGUUGGAGUUGGCAGGAAACGCCUCUAAAGAUUUGAAGGUGAAGCGUAUCACUCCUCGUCACUUGCAGCUAGCCAUUCGUGGUGAUGAAGAGUUGGACUCCCUCAUCAAGGCCACCAUUGCAGGAGGAGGCGUUAUUCCUCAUAUCCACAAAUCUCUCAUUGGAAAGAAGGGACAGCAGAAAACUGCAUAAAGUACAUAAUCUGCUGCCCUCUACCAUUGUACUGUAACUGGGACAGAAAAAAUUGGGAUAUGUUGAAUUUGUUUUGUUUAUUUUGGUUGGAAAUUUUACUUUUUCUAAAAGAAAUAGAUAAAUGGAAGGUAAUAGAGUGUAGACUUAAAGGAAAACCUUUGUAUGUUCUUUAGGUUCAAAGUUUAAAAAAAAAAAAAAAAAAAAAGUUCCUGAAGUCUUGUACAUGAGGUUUGUGUGUUGAUUGGCUAGGUUUCUCCCGUGUGUUUUAUACAAAAAUGGAACAGAUAAACCAUUUUUUACAUAA